CGCUUCUCCCGAACCGGAUGUCAAGCGCCACUGUUUCCGGGAGUUGGUAAAGGUCCCUGUCGGUGUUGCUGCUGGUUGUAAAAUUAAUAAUUUUAAAAUUUUGAUUAUUAGUUAAUUUUUCCUUGGCAUGUCUCGGGGUUCGAGUGCGGGCUUUGACCGCCACAUCACCAUCUUUUCUCCGGAGGGAAGACUCUACCAAGUCGAAUAUGCAUUUAAGGCCAUUAACCAGGGAGGCCUUACUUCAGUAGCUGUCCGUGGGAAGGACUGUGCAGUCGUCGUCACGCAAAAGAAAGUGCCAGAUAAACUGCUGGAUUCCUCCACCGUAACUCAUUUGUUCAGAAUAACAGAAAACAUCGGCUGUGUGAUGACGGGCAUGACGGCUGACAGCAGAUCACAGGUCCAGAGGGCUCGAUAUGAAGCGGCUAACUGGAAGUACAAGUACGGCUAUGAGAUCCCAGUCGACAUGCUGUGCAAACGGAUUGCUGACAUCUCUCAAGUUUACACGCAGAACGCAGAGAUGAGGCCACUGGGGUGCUGUAUGAUUGUGGUCGGUGUGGACGAGGAGUGCGGUCCACAGGUCUAUAAGUGCGACCCUGCAGGUUAUUACUGCGGAUUCAAGGCCACCGCUGCGGGGGUCAAACAGACAGAAGCCACCAGCUUCCUGGAGAAGAAAGUGAAGAAGAAAUUAGACUGGACUUUUGAGCAAACAGUAGAGACUGCAAUCAGCUGCCUGUCUACAGUCCUGUCCAUCGACUUUAAGCCGUCGGAGCUGGAGGUGGGGGUGAUUACUACAGAGGAGCCACGGUUCAGAAUUUUGUCCGAGUCCGAAAUCGACACCCACCUCAUGGCGCUGUCCGAGCGGGAUUGAGGAGCGAAACGCUUUCCUGCAGGAGACGAUAAUCGGAGCUUAAAUUGUAAACAUGACCGUGGGAAGCACUACAACAUAUCCUCAGUAUUUCAGGUCAAACUUGCUUUCUGCUGUUAAUUUUGCUUUUUCAUGCAACACUUCAAUAAAAAAAAAGUUUUUUUGGACAA